GAUAAACUGCCGAUUUUUUGUAGAUUAAUCGAAACCAAACCGCUCCUUUGUUUUCAAAAAUUUAAAAUCGGAUUAACUGCAUUUUACGGUGCGAUUCGAUUUUUCGGUUUUUCAUGGACAACCCUAAUUUUGACAAAACCCCAACCUAAGCCGCUACCCUAGACAGGAGUAGACGACGGAUUGGACUGUCCGAAGGCAGUCGUCACUCGUCAGUGUUUAUUUAGGACUGACCGCCUGGGGGUGGUUUUAGGCGCGAUGGAAGGCGCAUCUGCUUCACCGUCUGAUUCGAGUUCCAUGGAUGGGGGAGUUUCCAAGUACCUUGCCAACCUUCCUUCUCGUGGUCUCUUCUCCUCCACUGUCAUCUCUUCAAACCCGGGUGGAAUGCGAGUAUAUGUUUGCGAUCAUGAUACAUCACCCCCUGAGGAUCAGUUAAUAAAAACAAACCAAAUGAACAUAUUGAUUAGAUCUCUCACGCUUAAGAAACAGAAAAGUGAUUCCAGCGCAAAGGAUGUAAAGGGUAAAGCUACAGCUGAGAGCACAAAAGGAAAAAGGACUGCUGAAAGAAUUGGAGAUGGUAGAGCUUCUGUUAAGAGAGCCAACAUGACCAAAAAUUCUGAAAGUGCUCGACGGGAGGGAUCAAGUACUCGUGCACCUGAGAAGGAUUUACAGAGUCUGACCGUGGAAAGAUUACGUGCCCUUCUAAAGGAGAGGGGUCUGUCAGUCAAGGGAAAGAAGGAUGAAUUGAUUGCGCGUCUCAAAGGUGAUAGAGUGGAUGGUGAGUCGUAGUUUUCCUUAAGAAUCAACAGCAACAACAAUAACAAAAAGCAUUGUUGGAGUUGUUUGAGGGGUGGGGGGAAGAGGAAUCUGUUAUAUAUAUGUGCGCAUUCGGGGCCAGGAGGUUGUACCUCUUUUAAUCUGAUUUAGAAAUCCGAGUCUUUUUGUUACUUGAUGAACUUUCGAACUAAUGUAAAACGGGGAAAAUGUCUAGAUCUACUGUGAUGUCAAUUGCUGUUAUUUACAUUGUAGAUUUUUUUCUCUUUUCUUGUACGUACUUCCCCAUGAAGCCUGAUCAAGUAGUAUCCUGUAUCCAAAUGUUUUUGCAUUCCUUUC